ACCUCAUCGCCUCCUCUUCUCCCCACUCCCGAUCUCCCCUCGUCCCCUCCCUUCCGCAGGAGGAACUCAUCGCCGCCAUGUCGUGGCACCAGUACCACUCCACCUCCUCCGCGGCCUCCACCUACGGCCGCUACGUCCACUCCUACGACCCCUACUUCGACGACGACGACGGCGACGUCAAGCCGGCAGUGGUGGAGCACUGGCGCCGCGACCAGCAGGCCGCCUACAGCUUUCCCGGCGUGGUGGAGGAGGACGUCAAGCCUGUGAAGCCCGCGAAGCAGCCUCGGCCACCUGGCGGGGGAGGAGCGGGAGGCCGCCGCAUCCACGACGGAGACGACGGGACCGCGCUCUCCUGGCCCGCGGCGGAGCAGUUCCGCUCCACGCUACGCACGCAGGAGUCCCUCGCCGGCCUCCGCGCCAGGUACGGCGUCCCCGAGGGGUUCGGCCUGAUCCCCGCGGGCGCCUCCCAGUCCGCGUGCGACCCGCCGCCGCAGCCCAGGGGCCGGGGCGGAGCCGCCGCGUCCGCGGUGCCGAUCUGCGUGCACGCGCAGGCGUUCGCGGCGGGGAUGCGCCUACCGCUGCACCCCUUCGUCGCCGGCGCGCUCGCGCACUACGGCAUCGCGCCGUCGCAGCUGGCGCCCAACGGCUGGCGCGUCCUCGUCGCCUUCGCCGUGCUCUGCCACUUCCGCGGCGCGGGGGCGCCGUCGCUGCCCGUGUUCCGCCACUUCUUCGCCCUGGCGCCGCUGCCCAAGGCCAAGGGCUGGUACUCCUUCCGCGGCAGGGAGAGCGUGCCGGCGCUCUUCACGGGGCUCCCCAACUCCACCAAGACGUGGAAGGAGGAGUUCCUGCUCGUGUAGUCGCCGCCCGGCGCGCCGUGGCGCUGCCCCGUGCGCUGGGGUGCGCCGUCCAAGGAGGCCACCAGCGACCCGGCGCUCACCGAGGCGGAGGCGGCCGUGCCGCGCCGCCUUGCGCAGGGCCACGGCGUCGUCGACCUCAAGACGUACCUGUCCGAGAGCAACCUCGUCGCCGCCAAGAUCAGCCGCGUACCAGCGUGUUCCGGGACGGAGGCAUCUCGUGUCCAUCCAUCGCCCCCAGCCAAGAAGAAAAAAGCGGCGGCAACGGCGUCUGCUGCUGCUAGUGGUGGACCGAGCGGAGAAGCACUUCGUUCAAAGCUUCAGGCGAAGGAGAGAGCUCUCGCGCAGGCCAAGGGCAAGAUCAGUAAGUUGGAGGAGGAGCUGGGCAAGGCUAAGGCGAGGGAACUCGCCGAGGCACGGCAGGCAUUGGCGUACGAGAGGAAGCUCGGGACGCAGGUGAUCAAGGCUGAAGGCGGCAAUGGCGCCGGGGCUUGCAAGCGUCGCCGUAGCGCCCAGUGAUCCACAUCGUCCGCACGCCGCAGCCCGCAGCUCCACGCGAGCCGGCGAACCGAGCGCGACAACGUUUUCCUCCUUUCGUAGCAUUUCGGCAUGGUCUUUUUAGUUUUUAUAGGAGUCCGCUACAGGUUUCUGCGUAACCUGCAUUGACGACGAUGUCUGAUUUCGUUGAGUCAGUGUUGCAACGAAGAAGUGAUGAGUGACGAACAAGUAGCCAGUAGUACAUCUGCUUGUUGAAAUGUUAUCUAUCCGUUCUCGCAUUGCUAAAUGCUAGUUGAA